UUUUUUUGUAGAGAGAAAUAACUUGUUCCUCAAGACGUUUAAUAGUUUCUUUAGCAACGCUUUGCCUCCCAAACAAGCUAAAAAUCACAGAGAGACAGAAAACAGUGAAGUGAGGGAGAGAGAUCGGAAUCGGAAUCCGGAUCGGAGAAAAAUGGAGUGUGUGUUUGGUUUGGUGGGUAAUGGGUUCGCGAUAGUGGCCGCCGACACAUCGGCGGUGCACAGCAUACUGGUCCAUAAAUCUAACGAGGACAAGAUCAUGGUCCUUGAUUCCCACAAGCUCAUCGCUGCUAGCGGCGAGCCCGGUGACAGGGUUCAGUUCACAGAGUACAUUCAAAAGAACGUGGCUUUGUACCAGUUCCGUAAUGGGAUUCCAUUGACUACUGCUGCAGCUGCUAACUUCACCAGGGGCGAGCUCGCCACCGCUUUGCGAAAGAACCCAUAUUCUGUGAAUAUCCUUCUCGCUGGCUAUGACAAGGAGACAGGUCCAUCACUGUACUACAUAGACUACAUUGCUACCCUUCACAAGGUUGACAAGGGAGCAUUUGGUUACGGAUCCUAUUUCUCACUCGCCAUGAUGGACAGACACUACCACAGUGGCAUGUCUGUAGAAGAAGCAAUCGAUUUGGUUGAUAAAUGCAUCAUGGAGAUCCGUUCCAGGCUGGUUGUGGCCCCACCAAACUUUGUGAUCAAGAUUGUUGACAAGGAUGGAGCAAGGGAGUAUGCUUGGCGUGAGUCCAUCAAGGACGCUGGUUUUGUCUCAGCCUGAGGAAGUUUUUACUUGUGUCACCAGACUUGUUUUCUGUUUUACGUUUAAUAUUUUAGGUUUUUAAGAACUUCCCAUCCCUGCUUAAAUUUAUUUCAAAUGCUCUUAAAGAUAUGCUGGAACGUUCCUAAUUUGUUAAAGUUAUUGAAUCUAGAAGUUGGAAUAUUGUUUUCUGCUUGAAAAUUGGUUACUAUGAAGCUUUGGAGAUGUGUUGGAAGUAAAGAACAUGGAGAGGGACUGUCAGGGCUUGUCCUGGACCCUUUUCCAAAAGGGUUUUUCAUUUUAUAAAUAAAUAAAAAAAGUUAAAGA